GUCCCAGCCGCGCCGGAGUGCCGCCUCAUGCGAAAGUUCAUAGAGCUCCGGUGUGCGGCACUCAGCCCCUCCCUGCGAGCGCAGGCCUGCCUGCCGCCCUGGGUGCAGAGGUGUGCCCGGCGCUGCCCGCAGCUGCAGUGUGCGGUUCCCGCUCGGACCCGGCCGGCUGCUGCCGGCUGCUCCUGCAGCAAAGCCGGCGGCCCCCUUGGCUCUGGCUCUGCUGCAGCAGGGAAGCUGAUGCAGGUGAGAUGGAGUCGCUACAACGCCGAUUAUUUAGAGCCAGAAGUGAACAAGGAAUUCUAUCAGAAGCCUUUGGAGGAGCUGUCUGAGGAGGAAAAGGAGAAAAUGGAUCUUAGGGCAGUUCUACCCAUAAAAGCUGCGCCUCCCUCUCUCUCCAGCUCUGUGUUCAGCGACCCUAUGGUCAGUAAAUUCACCAACAUGAUGAUGAAGCAUGGAAAUAAAGUGCUGGCCAGAAGCCUCAUGUCUCAGACUCUAGAGGCCAUUAAGAGGAAGCAGCUGGAGAAGUACCACAAAGCUCCAGAAGAAGAGAAGGAGAAAAUUGAAUGCAACCCCUAUGUCAUUUUCCACCAGGCUCUGAAAAACUGCCAGCCCAUCAUCGGGCUCAGCAGCAUCACAAGAGGAGGCAAAACCUACCAGGUCCCAGUCCCCCUGAAGGACAAUCGGAAGCGCUUCCUGGCCAUGAAGUGGUUGAUCACUGAGUGCAGGGAGAACAAGAACCGCAGGACACUGAUGCCCGAGAAGCUGUCCCAGGAGCUGCUGCAGGCCUUCAACAACGAGGGGCCUAUCAUCAAAAAGAAGCACAUGCUGCACAAAAUGGCAGAGGCCAACCGGGCUUACGCCCACUUCCGCUGGUGGUAGGCACUCUGUGCAUGGGACACGAUGCCACCAGCCCCAGGGCUGCCUGCCUGAAGGAAGCUGGGAAGAAGAGGGAAAGGUGACACAUCCUAUCCAGGCAGCUUCUGAACUAAACCAGAGACAGCCCAGCCCAUCCCCACACGGUUCAGUUCCUUUGUGCUCAUCUGCCUGGGGGAAGGGGGAACCUGAGACUCACCAACCCUGCACAUGACUCUUUAACGAUCACUUUCCCGUGAAAGAAGCCUGAGAUGCUUUACUUAGAGCAAUGCUGUACAACAUAAUCUUCCCCUUAGGUGUUUCCUGGGGACUUGUAAGUCUCUCUGCUCCUGUAAUGAAUGGUUUUGGCUGCACUGCUAACACCAGAGCUGGAUAUUUUUUUUCCACACCACAACCAACCUUAGCAGCAUUGGUACAAAAGGCAGUGAAAGGCCCUGUUUGAUUUUUGGUUCUGUUCAGCAGCAGCAUUGUCUGCACAGAUUUGAUGGGAUUGUUAAUAAAAGUGGUUUUAUGGGGAAGGUUUCUUGAUUCCAAA